CCAUCUCAUGCUCACCGGUUCAUAAUGGAAAUUGUAGCAGCAACCAGAGGCGCAGUUGGAAAACGUUGACUAGUAAAGCAAGUCGACUGGAGGUUAAUAAGUCUUUUGUAACAAGACAAGAACACAAUAUUAUCUUUAGUGGUCUUGUAGCAGCGCAAGUGGAAGUGUGGUGCCAUUCCUAGAAACUUUUUAACUGGUACGAAUGGGUUUUGUAUCAAAUUGUGUGGAGUAAGGAUCAAAUUACUACUUUUGGAUCUGAUCUGAUCCACGCACAGCCAGCAGCAGCGUUUGCCAAGCGAAACACCCCAACUACAUAUGUAACAGCAUGACUCGAUUGAUCACCAUAGCGUACCAGGCUUCAGUACCACUUCCGUUGUGUUACGUAACCUGAGUAAGCACACGUACAACACACUCAUCGAACUCAAAAUACUGAAAACUGCUUCGUGACGAGAUAACUGUGAAAUUGUGGUCAUCUAUUAUUGUGCUCAUAAAAUAUCAUUUUCACAUCAGACCGUAAUAUUCCGAUUCGAUUGUGCUAUGAUUGGAAAACAGCAAUAAAGUGACAGACACACAAAAGUGACUAUUUGUUACCUGCAGCAGUAUAGUAGCGUUUGUGAGGUUCAUUAAUUUCCUCAAUAAUUUCGAGAAAUAUUUGCAUAAACACAUACAAAGACGAUGAUUCACUGUUCUACAUUGUUAUUAAUCAACCUCUCGUUUCGUGCAAUUACUGUGCACAAUUAAUAAUAUUAUUAUUAUAGUUAGUCUCAACAACUUGCAAAUAUUCUGUGUGAAUUUCUGCGGUCAAGGUUUUUCUGUAAAACUCUGGAAUUUAAUCAAUGACAAAGAAUUAUUAGUUGGUUAGCUGUGUGUGUUCCUUUAGCAAAAAACUGUUCACCGUGCGAAGUCAAGGUCCUUGAGUUUCACUCUCGCUUACUUACGAUUAGUUGUUACUUGCAGUUUGUGGGAUCAUCAUGUUAAUUUUGCAUUGACUCUUUUCCCUCGUGUAAUAUUGUAACUAACUAAAUAUUCGUCUUGUUCCAUAACCAACCUUGCAAGUAAAUUGAGCAUUUACUACUGAACUACUGAAUAUUAUGGUGAUUUAAAUUUUUCCACCUUGAUUGCCAACAGUGGUGGUUCUCCGUGUUCCUCAGGCUAUUCGUCAUUGGUGAUUGUGGAUUUCGUGCAAAGAAAUAUUAAAGAAUGUCCUCCUCACCUGGCAUCUCAACGCAAUAAAAUAAAUAGCUAAUGCUAGUAAAAAGUCCAGAGAGAGCUAGCUGAGAUCUGCUCACAGUAUUUUGACUCCUACUGUUCUCUUUCAAAUCCAUUCAUCAUCAUUCCGACAGUUGCAAAGAGCUGAUAAAGAUUAUCAUUCUAAUCAUCAUCCCAUUUGGAUUCUAGCCUUUCUAUACUCGCUGGUCACAACUAAAGCGAAAAACAUUAAGAGCAAAUCGAAGCCUCGAUCUCUUCCUUCAUCUCUUGUGUCAUUCUCUUGAUUCUCAUUAGCAACUUUUCGUGGUGGAGGAGAAAGAACAAGUUCCAAUGUUAUCACAUAUAUCUCACUUGCUCUAACGGCGAGUGCAUAUUACGAACGACUCGAUUAUUCCAGCUAUAGACAUUUAUCUGAGGCUCAGUUAUUCUCCGUGCUGGUGAAUUCGAAAUUACUUAUAGAUGCGUAAUAGCAUUGUGAGUUUUUGGGCGUUGAUUAUACGUCGCAGCAGCCGUGUUAAUUCGUAGAACAGACAAAAGACCAAGAGAAUUUGAGAGAAUCAUCACAGAAGUCUUCGCAUAGAAAGCAAAGUUGAGAGGAAGUGAGCUUUGGUGUGGUAAUCAGUGUCAUUGUUUUGGAUCUACAUUGUGCUCUUGUUCUUAUUGUCGACUUUACUUUUCCCAUUGAGAACUACUGAAUUAUUCUGGUGAAAAGUAGGACAAUACGCAAACCGGAUUCCAUUACAGAAAAUUCGUUUUAAGAUUCUCCUGACGAUUCAUCUGUCAAUUUGCUUUAUUUUAGCAUAAAGUGGAUCGGCAUACCAAUACGGGAUUGAAUCACACUGAAAGUCGAUCGAUGUCUUGUCUUUGAUGUUUUGAUUUGCCAGAGUAAUUUUUAUUCAUCCAUCGUCUCACCGUCUCCUCUCCUCAUACAUAAAUUACAAGCUUCGUCCCAAUCCUACCCCGUCUCCUGCUGCAAGGAAACUACUAACCUAACCAAUAUGACACAUCGAAGAAACUGAGAACCACUUAGAUUGGACUCAUAUCACAUUCUUCUGUGGUGCAUCAUACCACGCGUAACAGCAAUUUGGUCGUCAUUCUAUUUAUCAUCUGCUCCGUACUGACGGAGAUAUUGUGAAUUGACUUCAUUCAUAAAACAGGCUGACCAUGGAUUGAUUCAUUCAAGAGGUAUUGCCCUUCAAUUUAAACCCCACCAAAAAAGUCGCAAGAAUGGAAAAUAGGCCCAACAGCCGUGUUUCCUUCAACACGGCAAGUUUGUCAAGAGCAAGCAACAAUGAAGAAAGUGAUUCUGUGAUUCGCGGAGAGAGUUCCUCCAGAGACAAUUUAAAGUUGUUUCCAUCGAGGAACAAUGCUUAUAUAAUUGCCAGCAGCUCCUCACCUGGAAUUUCUUCCUCCUUGAGUAAUGGGGGGAGGGGGGAUCCUCUGGAAAAGCCAGUGCUGAUAAAUAAUGGCAAUAUAUCCAACACAAAUGGACGGAAGGGUGUUGCUCUGAACCAAUUGAGUCAAACUGGAGUUUCACCUGCUGCUAAUGGAACAAAUAGUAGAAAUGGUAGAACACAGUACAAAAGACUGCGACCUGUUGGGAUUCGAGCCAAAGUCUGGAGAGACUCUUUUAAGGUUAUAGCUUUCAUCUGCGGAUGUUUUGCAUCGAUCUUGCUAAUAAUGGGCCUGGCCUCAACGGAAUGGUUGCUCGCUGAUCGUUAUAGACAAGGGUUGUUUCUAUACUGCGUGGAAAAAAAUUCAUCCAAUGUGCCCUUUGUACCCGAAAAUGGGGAGCGAGCUACCGAAGGAUGCCACCGAAUUGACUGGAACAUACAGGGCUACACGGUGGUCGCGGCUGCAUUUUGCGCUAUAAGCUUUCUGGUUGACUUGUUUGCGACGAUAUUGACCGCUUUGGGUCUGAGAUGCCGUGACCCGAAUAGAAAGUACAAGUACUACAGAACGGCCGUUUAUGUAAUGGCGUUGAGUUUGGUGGCAGUGCUAGUCGCACUGGUAAUCUAUCCAGUCUGCUUUGCCCAAAUCAUGGAAAAAAGCCAACGCCCAGUUUGGGAAUUUGGCUGGGCUUAUGGAGUUACCUGGGGCGCCUCAAUAUUCUUGUUUGGGGGGGUUAUCCUUCUCCUAUGUGACAAAGAGUCAGAAGAACUCUACUACAAGGAAAGGACAAUUACAUAUGCAGAAUCAAACAACAAAGUUUGAGGCAGAUGAGAAAGGAAAUACCACCCACUACAUACAUGCUUGAAGGCUUAAUGAGUUGUUAAUUAGUUGCAUCAAAACUUAUAUCUCUUUGAUUGGUUCGAAAUUUUGAAAGCAGUUUACGUAAUGAAUAGUAAUUAUCGUACUAUAUAAAUAUCAAUCUUAAGAUAAGAUGUAAAUCUUAAUGCCAGGCUUGAAUAGGCAUUGUGCCUUUAUAAUCUCACCGCGUUUUAUAGAACCAGUCUGAAACACGAAAAUUCUCUAACCUCAUUAUGUCAAGUAAAUAAAUGCUUUACGUAUAUAAUUCUGUAUGGUAUGUAACUAUAACUAAUGAUAAAUAGCUAAGUCGGAAAUUUGUAAGAACAGUGUUGUUAUUACACUGAUUCGAGACAGUUUCCUCAAGGAUAUUAUGCAAUCUGUAAAUAGUAAAUGUGAUUAGUGUGAGAGUUUAAAUUAUACACAUUUAGUCUUCUUAUUAUAAAUAUGAUGUAUCGGCUUAGCCAUCUUUAAUCUUUAUACGUUUUUGCAUUUAAUAAGUCACCAUUGCAGGUUGUACUCACUGAAGUAUAAUCGCUGCUAGAAGCACGGACCAGCUUUUCACUUGAGCAGAUGAUGAGACAUAAUUUUAAUAAUAACUUCUGAAAAUUUCUAGUCAUUAUGAAAGUUAUAAAAACAUGGGUUUCUUGAGCCAAUAAUAUUACUACCUGAACAACUCAAACCUAUACAUGUCCUUUAAAACUGGUACUUGUGCAAUCUGAUAAUUCUACAGACUUUAUUAUGUAUAUAACUUUUGGUGCUGAAGUUCUGGCUGAUAAAUGGGUACAUAUUUAUGUAUACCGACAUAAUUCAAGUUAUGUUUGUAUUCAUAUGUACCAAAAAUGUUUCAUGAUUCUCACCUGCAUGUUCCAAGAUCUGAUAGUAAUUUUAGUAGAUUAUACACACAGAUAUUGUAGCUUGAUAAUACCCAGCUAUAACCAGCCAUAUAGUUAACAUAUGUAGACUGCAAAGAGAUAACUGUAUCCCUAUAAAUAAUAUAUUGAACCAGUGUGUGCUAUAUUCAGUUGAAAUAUUUAAAAAAUUUGUUACUCAAUACUUUGUGUAUUUUAAGUCAUACAUAACGAAUAAAACUUGUUGAUUGCAAAAUAA